AUGGUUCAACCAGAUUUAACACCAAAGAAAUCAAUCAUUAAUAAUAAUAAUAAUAAUAAUAAUAAUAAAAAUGUUGUAAAUAAAACUAAAUUUAAACCAAAUACAGAUAAAGCAGUUAGAAGAAUUACACCAAAUUUAGUAUCACCAAAUGUAUCAAAUAAUAAACUAUCCACAACAACAAGCAAUACUACAAAAACAACCACAGUAAACAAUGAUACAGAUAAUAGAUUAAAAAUUAGUAAAGAAAUUAUGGAUCAAAAAGAAGCAUUACCAGUAUUUACUGCCAAGGAUGCACUUUUAAAAAAUUUUAGAGUACAUGAUACAGUAAUUAUUAUUUCAGAAACUGGUACUGGUAAAACUACCCAGUUUGAAGGUAAAUGCUAUCGUUUAUACACUCAAGAUACAUUUGAAAAAUUUGAUGAAUCUUCAAUUCCAGAAAUGAAAAGAUCAAAUAUUGCAAAUGUAAUUUUACAAUUAAAAACUAUUGGUAUUCAAGAUAUACUUGGCUUUGACUUUUUAGAACGUCCACCAUUAGUCACCGUAAAGAAAUCACUAGAGCUUCUUUAUUGUCUUGAUGCAUUAAAAGAUGAUGGUACUCUAAGCGAACUUGGUAAAAAAAUGGCAUUGUUCCCACUAGAUCCAAUGUAUAGCAAAGCUUUAAUUAAAUCUGCAGAGUUUGAUUGUUUAGAAGAGGUUUUAAUCAUCAUAAGUAUGCUUUCAGUCGAAUCUAUUUUCUUUACACCAAAAGAUAAGAAGAAAGAAGUCGAAGAUGUAAAAAAAAUAUUUUUCUCACCAGAAGGUGAUCAUAUUACUUUCUUAAAUGUAUUUAGGGAAUAUCAAAAAGUAAAUGGUAACAAUCAAUGGUGUUUCGAUCAUUUUAUAAAUACCAAAUCAAUGGCUAAAGUUGUUAAUGUAUUUGAACAAUUAGUUAAAUAUUGUAUUUCAUUAAAAAUGAAAAUUGUAUCAUGCGAUCAAGAUUUAGACCGUGUAAAGAAAUCUUUUAUUGGUGGAUUCUUUAUGAAUGUAGCUGUUUUACAACCAGAUAAGAAAUAUAAAACUAUGGUAGAUAAUAAAGAAAUUCAAAUUCAUCCCACUUCAUUUUUAUUUGGUCAAAUACCUCAACAUAUUUUAUAUAAUGAACUUACAAUUACCACCAAAGCAUUCGCUAGAAACGUUAUGCCUAUCGAAGCAAGCUGGUUACCCGAAAUCUGUCCAAAAUACUAUGGCACUAAACAAGUUAUUAGUAAUGAUCCAAACUCUACUUCAAUAGAGGAAACAACUAAUGCUUUUAAAUAA